UAUCUCAAAACUUUAUAAUUAGAAAAUGGAAGCCCAGCCUUCAUCACGGGUGAGCUCCUCUGUCCGACAGUCGCGACUGUCUCUCUUCUAUCAUCUAUUUAAUAUAUAUAUAUAUAUAUAUACACACACACACACACACACACAUACAUAACAUAUAUAGAUUCUAUCGUCUCGCACACUCGGAGUCAUAGUCGGGCUUCUGUUAAAGUCUAAAACCCAGGUUUUUCUUGCUCACUUCCAUGAUUCCAACGCCAGAAGCAUCUUCGGCUUCCAUUAAGCCUCGAGAUGUUUGUAUUGUUGGCGUUGCACGGACACCUAUGGGUGGCUUCCUUGGUUCCCUUUCAUCUUUGUCAGCUACAAAGCUUGGUUCUAUAGCCAUUCAAUGUGCUCUUAAAAGGGCAAAUGUUGAUCCAUCACUGGUGCAAGAGGUUUUCUUUGGAAAUGUUCUCAGUGCAAAUUUAGGCCAAGCUCCUGCUAGACAAGCUGCUUUAGGUGCAGGUAUACCUAAUACAGUGGUUUGCACCACCAUUAACAAAGUCUGUUCAUCAGGGAUGAAAGCAACGAUGCUUGCAGCACUAACUAUUCAAAUGGGUAUCAAUGAUGUUGUUGUUGCUGGUGGCAUGGAAAGCAUGUCUAACGCACCUAAAUAUCUGGCUGAAGCGAGCAGAAAGGGAUCUCGUCUAGGACAUGACACUAUUAUUGAUGGCAUGCUCAAAGAUGGCCUAUGGGACGUCUACAAUGAUUUUGGAAUGGGAGUAUGUGCAGAGUUAUGUGCUGGUCAACAUACUAUUACAAGAGAAGAGCAGGAUGCUUAUGCUAUCCAAAGCUUUAAUCGAGGAAUCGCUGCACAAAGAAGCGGUUCUUUUGCAUGGGAAAUAGUUCCGGUUGAAGUUUCUGGGGGCAGGGCGAAACCAGCUACAAUUGUAGAUGCAGACGAGAGUUUAGGAAAGUUUGAUGCUGCAAAACUAAGGAAACUUCGGCCAAGUUUCAAGGCGGAUGGGGGUACCGUCACUGCUGGCAAUGCUUCUAUCAUAAGUGAUGGUGCGGCUGCCUUAGUGCUAGUGAGUGGAGAGAAGGCACUUAAACUUGGAUUGCAAGUAAUUGCUAAGAUCAGAGGCUAUGCCGAUGCUGCUCAGGCGCCUGAGUUAUUUCCAACUGCUCCAGCCCUUGCAAUACCUAAAGCCAUUUCAAAUGCUGGCUUGGAAGCUUGUCAAAUUGAUUACUUCGAAAUAAAUGAAGCUUUUGCUGUUGUAGCCCUUGCCAACCAAAAGCUGCUUGGUCUUACUCCUGAAAAACUGAAUGUGCAUGGCGGAGCUGUAUCUUUGGGACAUCCACUAGGUUGCAGUGGUGCUCGGAUCUUGGUUACAUUGUUAGGGGUUCUGAGACAGAAGAGGGGGAAGUUUGGGGUUGCUGGAAUCUGCAAUGGGGGAGGAGGAGCAUCUGCCCUUGUUCUAGAGCUCAUGCCAGCGAGGGUGGGACGUUCCUUUUUAUGAAACCCAAAUUCUUCUGUUGUGUUGUCUUACCUGCUAGUUUUUGUAAAAUUAAAUAUCGUUUUCCAAUAAAAAUAAUAUAUCUCAAAUGUUAUGAAGAAAUAAAUGUGCUGGUACUUGGUUUACAUACUAUGCUGUUGGCAAGAUCAUCUGCCUAAUGUGUUGGCUUUUCUUUGUGCAUCUUCUUCUUUCAGUUUCUUGUAUGUUCAGUAAAAUCCUUUUUUAACUUCAGUAUACAACGUCAUAUCCAGCAUA